AGGAUACGUCGUGUUUCCGCUCUUGCUCCUGACCAUUAUUGACGAUGACUGAAAUAUUGUACAGACAGUAUGUAGGCGAAUCUGAUUUACCACACAUUAUGGCGCUCGUACAGAGUGAGCUCAGUGAGCCAUAUGUUAUAUACACAUAUCGUUAUUUCCUCCAUCAAUGGCCACAACUUUCUUUUCUCGCAAUACCUGCGGGAUCGUCGGAGCCGAUAGGUGUCAUAGUCUGCAAGCAGAGUAUGCACAAGCAUGCCUCGAAUAGAGGCUAUAUCGCCAUGCUCAGCGUUAGCAAGAGCUGGCGCAAACGUGGUGUAGCAAGCACGUUGGUCAGACAAUCAGUGGAGGUCAUGAGACGAAAUGGAGUUGAUGAAGUCGUUCUUGAAACCGAAUAUGAUAAUGCGCCGGCUCUUUCCCUCUACGAGUCCUUGGGAUUCAUUCGCGAGAAACGGCUGUAUCGAUUCUACCUCAAUGGAAAGGAUGCGUUCCGUUUGGUUCUCGCCGUCCCUCCAUCAGAAUUGGAUCAAGACUUUCCCCACUACAUGAAGCUUUCCCCCACCAACAAUAUUUUCUCCUAUCCAGUUUCUUCAGACGAUGACGAGGUCUCAUAUCGUUGAUGAUUCCCAGUCACACGACCAAUAUCAUUUCCCCUUGAUGGUCACUGCUGACCCUAACAUCCUAAUCUGGCUUUCUAUAGCCAUAAUGGCCCUUCAACUAGCUGUACAACAACAACAACAACAACAACAACGCCGUCUCAGUUGUAUAACCCUGUUCGAUCUAGGUUCAACCAACCAUUCAUUUCCUGUUUCUCAUCGUGUCAAGGCACUAGUAUACCCCACA